GCCGGGAGUAUUGGUGUACCGUUGGCAGCGGCAGGUGAAGCUGAGCUGACUACGCGGCCAGGGGCGCUUGUGAAGCGGUUCCUGUGGUGGCUAGAUUGCUGCUCUGCCCUGAUCAUAGGUACACAAUACGAUGAGUAAUUAUUAAGUGAACACUGAGUGAUCACUACCACAGUCAAGAACUAGAACGUUCCUAGUACUGGAGACCUACUCCUCCCCCCAUCAAUUCCUGAAUAUUCCUCCUACCUCACCACUACAAGAGGUUAACAGCAACCGGAUUUUUAUGGCUAUGUCUUUUUUCCUUUUAGUGUGCCUUGUAACAUUUUGUUGAAAGCCAGAAAUGAUGUACUGUCUGUAAAGAACUGAGGAUUUCAGUUUGUUGAAAUGAGCAGUCGUAAAUCAAAGAGUAACAACUUAAUACAUGCAGAGCUCCUUUCACAGGUACAAAGAGUUUUACGGGAAAGAUUUUGUCAUCAAAGCCCACAUAGUAACUUAUUUGGAGUACAAGUACAAUACAAACACUUAAUUGAGCUGCUAAAAAGAACUGCUAUCCAUGGAGAAAGUAACUCUGUUCUCAUUAUUGGGCCCCGAGGAUCAGGAAAGACCACGUUAAUAAACCAUGCUUUGAAAGAACUAAUGGAAAUAGAAGAAGUGAGUGAGAAUGUAUUACAAGUUCACCUAAAUGGACUGCUGCAGAUCAAUGAUAAAAUUGCCCUAAAGGAAAUCACAAGACAGUUAAAUCUGGAAAAUGUAGUUGGAGAUAAAGUUUUUGGAAGCUUUGCUGAAAACCUUUCAUUUCUUCUGGAAGCUUUGAAAAAAGGUGACAGGUCUAGUAGUUGCCCAGUGAUCUUCAUAUUAGAUGAAUUUGAUCUUUUUGCUCAUCAUAAAAACCAGACACUCCUCUAUAAUCUUUUUGACAUUUCUCAGUCUGCACAGACUCCACUAGCAGUUAUUGGUCUUACAUGUAGAUUGGAUAUUUUGGAACUCUUAGAAAAAAGAGUGAAGUCACGAUUUUCUCACCGGCAGAUACAUUUAAUGAAUUCAUUUGGUUUUCCACAAUAUCUUAAAAUAUUUAAAGAACAAUUAUCUCUACCUGCAGAAUUUCCAGACAAGCUCUUCACUGAGAAGUGGAAUGAGAGCAUUCAGUGUCUCACAGAAGAUAGAAGUGUACGAGAAGUACUACAAAAGCAUUUCAAUGUCAGCAAAAACCUGCGGUCAUUACACAUGCUAUUGAUGCUUGCUUUAAAUCGCGUAACAACAUCACACCCGUUUAUGACUGCAGCAGAUAUGAUGGAGGCCCACCAGUUCUGUAGCAUGGACUCUAAAGCAAAUAUCGUACAUGGUCUGUCAGUCUUGGAAAUCUGUCUUAUAAUAGCAAUGAAACAUUUAAAUGACAUCUAUGAAGAGGAGCCCUUUAAUUUUCAAAUGGUCUAUAAUGAGUUUCAGAAGUUUGUUCAAAGGAAGGCCCAUUCUGUUUAUAAUUUUGAGAAACCUGUUGUCAUGAAGGCUUUUGAACACUUACAACAAUUAGAAUUAAUAAGGCCCAUGGAAAGAACUUCAGUAAAUACACAGAGAGAGUACCAGCUGAUGAAACUACUUUUGGAUAAUACUCAAAUUAUGAAUGCUUUGCAGAAAUACCCCAACUGUCCUACAGAUGUUAGGCAGUGGGCAACAUCCUCACUAAGCUGGUUAUGAACAUAACCAGUGGCUUCACUUAUGGAGUUUCAGGCAUACUUCUCUAAGGAACUAAAAGCUAUUGUCCUUUAACAAGAUAUGUUAUUACAUUUUUUUAUAUUUAUAAAACUGUAUUUUUGUAUUUAUGGGAGACUGUUAUACAUGUAGGUCUUGGCUGUGUCUUGCCUUUGAAUCAUGAACAGUUACAUGAUUUAUAAUUCCAGUGGUUUAGAUUAUAUUGUAAGAGUUCAAAGAAAUAAAUGUGACUGUUUUAGGAAAUGAA